AUGACGGGCACAGCUACGCAACACCCGAGGACGAAGCCGCUGCAGCAAUCUUGGAGCAGGACACCAGGGGCUUGUUUACGAGAGGAGAUCGCCACAGCAGCGACGACGACGACGAUUCCCCUCGGGGAAUGGGCGGAACGGGAGGAAGCGGCAGAGGCGCAGCGCCACCAGCACCACCUGAGCCAGAGAGCGACAACGACGACGUGCAGGAAGUUAUCCCACAGCAUCGUCAUGACAGCACCGUCUCCGGACUGCAGCUACUCGGGCUCCACACCGCAACCUCAAAGGCGCCACGUGUCAUCGAGCCGAGAAAUCCGCGCCAAGCUCUCACUGGACCACAUAGCAAGGAGUGGUGCGAGGCAAUGGAUGCGGAGAUUAAAGCGCUUGAGUCCCGAGAUACUUGGGUGCUGGUCGACCGCGCAGCGAUCAAGGAGCAAGGGUCCUCUCGGGCAAGUGGGUCUUCCGCGUGAAGACCACAGCGGACGGCACAAUUGA